AUGCUGGACGCAUGGGCAAAUGUUCACCAUAAUAUGUCCGUUUCUCGCAGAGCCGUCAUCAUGCCUCACCUAUCAUCCCAGGUAAAAACCGUUUCAAAGGAUCAACCAGUAGGAGAGGUCCUUUUUGGGGAGAACCUAGGAGAAAAAGUAAAAGCAGCCAAGGCUUUAGAAAGAAAAAGCAUGGUAAUAAAAGCAUCAACGUCUAGGCCAGACAUUUUUUUACCCAAAUUCACGUCGAACAAAAUUAAACUCCAAAACACCUCUUCAAAAAACUUUAAAACCCCAAAGAACUUCCGGACAGAGAGUCGGUCGUCAAGGGGGCCAACCUCCAGUAGCAAGAAUCUGAAGAAGUACAGACAGACGUAG